UUCCAGAAAAUUGGUCCAUCGAUAAGCCUCGGAAUGAUAAAAAAACUUGAACCAGUACUUAAUUUCAAGAAGCGAGCGACGUAUAGUCGAGAGUAUUGGGCAAUUAAACCACUGAAUGCACCUCGAGAACAAACGAAGAAACGAAGCAAAGACGAGUUUUGUUUUCCCUCAUCACCAAAGGAAUCAAAAGACGAACACAAGAAGGACACAAAAAUAUCAAAGAAAGCUGAAAAGAAGGCUAAUACGAUCUUGAAGGUAUAAAACAGCGGUCACAUUAAGUAACCUGAUUUAAAGUGGUUAGGUCAGAAGUGAGAAAAAAUUGUUGUUAGAAAAGGUUGACAAUGUUUUCGUCCAAUUCAGUUCUACAUAAUCGGUUCCUUAAAUUCGCUUUUACUUCUUCCAAAAGCUAUAGUCAUUCACAAAUUUCAGAUGCUCUCUUUUAACAAACUUAAAGCACCUGUGCGGUGAUUAAAAAAUGAAAGUAACUUGACUUGCAGUCGAAGAAAUAUACGUUUAAUAACAAAUUAUCAUUUUGACAGAAAUACGUCAAAAGAGAAGUGUUAGAGACCAUCAGGGAUACAAGGGAACACAUCCAGUUCUUGAGAAGUCAGCUUUAUAAAGAAAGGAAUUUGGAUCAACAUCGAUGUCAGUAA